AUGGCCCUGGGUGAAGAAAAGGCAGAAGUGGAGGCGUCCUUGAACCCAAAGGCCUGGCCCUGUGGGAGGUGGAGCUGCAGGGAGCAGGAGAUGGACACUCUGGGGCCAGGGAGUGAGGAGCAGCCACCACGCCUGGAAGCUGAGGGAGGGCCUGCCUCCCCUGUGUUGGGGACAGAGGGGCUGCCAGCCCCUGACUGCUGGGCUGGGACCGAGCCUGGCAGCCCCUCAAAAACCCUCCAACUGCAGGUCAGCAGCAUCAGCAGAGAGGUGGUAGCUGGUGGGUCUAAUCCUCCGCCUGGCUGCCUAAGUCCUGCUGGUAUGAGGACAGGAGACUUCCUGCACUCUGUGAGAAGCCAGUUGGAAGAGACCAAGUGCCCUGCCUCUGAAGCACUACCUCAGACUCUUACUGUUCCCAGAACUACAGACCUUUGCUCAGGACAUGAUGCUGAUAUUGAAGAUGAGCCGUCCCCAGUUGAGUCGCCCCAGGUGCUGGACCUCAGCCAACAGCCUCAUGUCUCAGGUUCCCCUUUCCCAUCAAGGUGGGAACCUGGGGUGAGCCCGGGUGCUACUGCUCCUCAACUGUCUGGCCACAGCAUCUCUGCACCAUCCCCAGUCAGCACUCUCCAGAGCUGCCAGGAGAAGGUGGCACCUCAGAGCUGUUCUGCCAAAGUCUCCUCCUCUCUGGGACUGUUUGUCCCCCAGUCACCCCUAUCUGUGGUUGGGGCAGGGCCUCGGCUCCACUGGUCACCACCACCUGUGUCCUCUGAAGGUGGAGCUGCUGGACUGAACAGGAGGCGCCUCUCCUUCCAGGCCGAGUACUGGGCCUGCGUGCUGCCAGAUUCCCUGCCUCCUUCCCCUGACCGCCACUCCCCUCUCUGGAACCCAAAUAAAGAGUACGAAGAUCUUCUUGACUAUACUUACCCGCUGAGGCCAAAGCACCUUGAUAGCCAUGUGCGAACGGACCCUGUGCUGCAGGACUCUGGUGUGGAUCUGGAUAGUUUCUCUGUCUCCCCAGCAAGCACCUUAAAAUCUCCCACUGAUGUUGCCCACAGUUGCCCACCAGCAGAAGCCACUGCCUUGCUAUUCUCUGGUCCCAAAGACCCAAGCCGUAAGUGCUGGCUCUCUGGAGUGCCCCAGAAGCAGGGCAGCACGGGGGUGCCAUCUUGUAACCAGCUUGCAUCAACCCCCAGAGCCCCAGGCCGGAGGGCUGCUCCAUGGCAGAGCAGAGAGCCAGCCCUGAGGGGCUCGAAGGUCCGGCUACCCGUGGGCAUGCACCGAGAGGGCAGCUUUCCCACGGUAAGGACACCGGGCAGAGGAUGGCCCUCGACCCAGCCAGAGAGGGAGCAGAGGGCCAGCCAGACAGUACCGCGCCCCACCUGUGUAGCACCUGGAUGGAAAGUAGAAGAGGAGGUGGAAAGUGAAGAUGAGUAUCUUGCCCUGCCCACUCGACUGACACAGGUUUCUAACUUGGUUUCAUAUCUAGGUUCCCUUCCUACCUUGGUACCCCUGUCUGCUGGGGUUGCUGAAGGACAGAGUUCCCUGGAAGUCUCGGACAGUGAUGGGCUGGCUUCACUCCCGUCACACUCUAGCCAAAGCCAGCUUGCAGCUAGGGCUGCACUCCCAGAGGCCCUUCGCUCCUUGGUCAGGGCCCCAGAUGCUUCCGGGGAAAGCAAUCUGGUGAGGAGUCGGGCCCUGGGGAGGCCCUCUGGACAAUUGAGAGCACACUCCUCCUGUCAAGCCAUGCUGGACCAGCAGGUGUUCUCAGACCCAGAUGCUGACAGGCAGCCUCCCAGGAGAGGAGAUGAGGGAAAGGAAUCGCUUGUGCAAUGUGUGAAGACAUUUUGCUCUCAGCUGGAAGAGUUGAUCCACUGGCUGUAUAAUGUAGCAGACAUGACUGACCAUUUGAUUCCACACAAGUCCAGUCUUACAGGCCUCAAGUCUUCUCUGCAGCUUUACCGGCAAUUUAAGAAAGAUAUCGAUGAACACCAGUCCCUGACGGAGAAUGUCUUACAGAAAGGAGAGCUGCUGCUUCAGUGUCUACUGGAUAAUACCCCAGUUUUAAAGGAUGUCCUGGGGAGGAUCACAGAGCAGUCUGGUGAACUGGAGAACCAUGCAGAUCAUGUGUAUGACUCUAUCUUAGCAUCUCUGGACAUGCUGGCUGGCUGCACCCUCGUCCCUGACAAUAAGCCAUUGAUAGCAAAGGAACGCCAAUGUGAAGGGGUAUAG